GCUGGUCUUACAGUUUUAGAAAGCCAGACUGAUCUCCUGAACUCGAGAGUUAAGCUUUUAAGACGGAACUGCCACCGACAUGCAGCACUACAACCAGACUCUAACCAUAUUGUGCCUUUUGGCUUUGCUUGUCUCAAUGCACCAGGCCUCCAGUGCACCUACACUAAUGUUUCAGGCUACAUCAGGUGUUAAGCAGUCAGACAUUACAUUGUACCGCAAAGCUCGUGUGACUCCGCUGUGGAGAAUCUUGGCCAGUAAACCACAUGGUGCUUAUUGUAAUGACCAUACAGAGUGUUCUACAGGACUCUGCAGAAAUGGCUUUUGCUCUUUUGACGUGCCUGUUGAGUCCUAGUGGAUCUGGAGUUUAGGAGAAUUGUGCCGCUGCGACCACGUCGAACUAUGCAAAGAAAACAAUACAAAUUCAAAGAAAGGUAUAGAAAAAUAGCAGUACAAUUCAUAAAUAUGAUCACUUUUUAAUUUAAAAUUGUAAAAUAUGUAAAUAUUAACAUUUUUACUGUAAUGAUAUAGUAAUUAUGUUCAUAUAUAUUUAUUUUUUAAUUAUACACUGCCUGAUCCCCCCCCCCCAAAAAAAAAGUUGCAUAAGUAUUCUUUCUGCACUGUUAGCUUUGAUUACAACAUGGCCAAUUCAAAUGUAAAAAUGAUUUCUCAUGCUCCCAGAACCACUCUUGCACAAUUUAAGUUCUGGAAUAUUGCCACCCUAUUAUACAUAAACAACAACAACAACAACAAAAAACAUGGAUAAAAUAAUUUGGUCAUUUGGUACAUUCAGUUGACUUCAUUUAAUUGUGACAUAACACAGUUAUGUACAGAUGGCACUAUGCAUGAUACAUGUAUCGCUUCGUGUGAUUCCCUUAUUUAUCUGCUCUGCAAUAGGGUCAAUCUAGACUCAUCAAACCACAUGACCUUUUUCCAUUGCUCCAAAGUUCAAUCUUUAUGUUCCCUAGCAAACUGAAUUUUUGCAUAAUUUUUGUGUUGCAUCAUCCAAGUAGAAAUGCUCAUACUUUAACUAUUAAACUUAGCAGCGAUUUCUACUUUAUUGUUUGUGAUGCAAAUUUCUGAUUUUUACUGGCCACAUUUUCCCCCAAAGUUGACUAAGCUUUCAGCGCUAUUGACUAUGCUUCCAACUUUUAAUAAACGGUUCAUGUAGUUAUUUUUUUCCCUUUGUAAUCUCAAAACUAUCAUGUAUUGUUAGAAGUCCAAACUGUUUUUUUUUUACCAUUUUAUAAAUUUUUAUUAAUAAAAUUGAUAUAUUUACA